GCCUGGGCCCAGAGUGUUACCCAGAGACCUGAUGAGGUUGUGUAUAAACUGGCUCAGGAUGCCUUGUUUGACUGCCAGUUCAUCCACACUCCAGACCAGCAGGUGGCAAAGAAUCCCAUUCUCUACUGGCAUCAAAUUACCAGUAGAGAAAGUAAGACCGAAAUGACAAGACUGUGGCCUGACCCAGAGUUAAUGUACAAGGAUCGUGUGGAGGUUCUGGACAGUGACCGCAACUCACCAAACAGAUCUGUACUUCUGAAGAAUGUCCAGUGGGAGGAUAGCUGUGGAAAGUAUGAGUGUAAACUUUCUUAUUGGGCCGCCGGACAAGCUAAGAGGACGAAAGGGAGCGGCGUUAAGCUGCUGAUACAUGGUAAUGAUACAAUUUCUAUGCUUUUGCCAUGUUGUCCACUAAUUGCAGUUUUUCAUGUCCUAUACCACACCAUGUUAGGAUACAAAUGUAUGUGUGUGUUUGUGUGUGUGUGUCUUUCUGUAUGUCUAAUACAGAUUCCAUGUUCUUUGGACUUGACCCUGAGAAUAACACCAAACUCAUGUGUGCUGUGAAUGUUUCCCGGGAUGAUCGGUUUGUUUUAUCCUUGAAACAAGACGGAUAUAAAGUAUUCCAAAAGAACACGGAUCCUCUUUACCCCAACAUGCCACUGUCUAUUACCCUGUCUGUGAUCCUCCCCUUGGAGAAGGGCAUGAACUAUGAGUGUCAAAUCCACCUGGGCUCCACCAUGAUAAUGAGCCAGCCCUUCCAACAGCCGUUUGAGAUGGCAGGUAGUGUUUUCUCAUUACAUACACAGACCUUUCAGUUACAGUGUGUCACAUCUAUAUUCAAGUAGAUCAUACAGUAUACAGCCAUUUGGGUCGGUGUAUUGCAAUGAAGUUUAACAUUAACAUUUACAUUUACGUCAUUUAGCAGACGCUCUUAUCCAGAGCGACUUACAAAUUGGUGCAUUCAACUUAUAGCCAGUGGGAUAACCACUUUACAAUAUAUUCUUUUAUUUUUUUUAUUUCUUUGGGGUGGGGUAAGGGGGGUAGAAGGAUUACUUUAUCCUAUCCCAGGUAUUCCUUAAAGAGGUGGGGUUUCAAGUGUCUCCGGAAGGUGGUGAGUGACUCCGCUGUCCUGGCGUCAUGAGGGAGCUUGUUCCACCAUUGGGGUGCCAGAGCAGCGAACAGUUUUGACUGGGUUGAGCGGGAACUGUGCUUCCGCAGAGGUAGUGGGGCCAGCAGGCCAGAGGUGGAUGAACACAAUGCCCUCGUUUGGGUGUAGGGAAAGAUCAGAGCCUGAAGGUACGGAGGUGCCGUUCCCCUCACAGCUCCGUAGGCAAGCACCAUGGUCUUGUAGCAGAUGCGAGCUUCAACUGGAAGCCAGUGGAGUGUGCGGAGGAGCGGGGUGACGUGAAAGAACUUGGGAAGGUUGAACACCAGACGGGCUGCGGCAUUCUGGAUGAGUUGUAGGGGUUUAAUGGCACAGGCAGGGAGCCCAGCCAACAGCGAGUUGCAGUAAUCCAGACGGGAGAUGACAAGUGCCUGGAUUAAGACCUGUGCCGCUUCCUGUGUAAGGCAGGGUCGUACUCUCCGAAUGUUGUAGAGCGUGAACCUACAGGAUCGGGUCACCGCCUUGAUGUUAGCGGAGAACGACAGGGUGUUGUCCAGGGUCACGCCAAGGCUCUUCGCACUCUGGGAGGAGGACACAACGGAGUUGUCAACCGUGAUGGCGAGAUCAUGGUACAGGCAGUCCUUCUCCGGGAGGAAGAGCAGCUCCGUCUUGCCGAGGUUCAGCUUGAGGUGGUGAUCCGUCAUCCACACUGAUAUGUCUGCCAGACAUGCAGAGAUGCGAUUCGCCACCUGGUUAUCAGAAGGGGGAAAGGAGAAGAUUAGUUGUGUGUCGUCUGCGUAGCAAUGAUAGGAGAGGCCAUGUGAGGAUAUGACAGAGUCAAGUGACUUGGUGUAUAGCGAGAAUAGGAGAGGGCCUAGAACUGAGCCCUGGGGGACACCAGUGGUGAGAGCACGUGGUGCGGAGACAAAUUCUCGCCACGCCACUUGGUAGGAGCGACCGGUCAGGUAGGACGCAAUCCAAGAGUGAGCCGCGCCGGAAGGAGGCAGAGAGAAAUGAGUCAAAGGUAGACGUAGGGAGGUUGAAGUCACCCAGAACUGUGAGGGGGAGCCAUCCUCAGGAAAGGAACUUAUCAAGGCGUCAAGCUCAUUGAUGAACUCUCCAAGGGAACCUGGAGGGCGAUAAAUGAUAAGGAUGUUAAGCUUGAAUGGGCUAGUGACUGUGACAGCAUGGAAUUCAAAUGAGGAGAUGGACAGAUGGGUCAGGGGAAAAAUAGAUAAUGUCCACUUGGGAGAGAUGAGGAUUCCUGUGCCACCACCCCGCUGACCAGAUGCUCUCGGGGUAUGCGAGAACACAUGGUCAGACGAGGAGAGAGCAGUAGGAGUAGCAGUGUUUUCAGGUAUUCAUGUUUCCGUCAGCGCCAAGAAGUCGAGGUACUGGAGGGUAGCAUAGGCUGAGAUUAACUCUGCCUUGUUGGCCGCAGAACGGCAGUUCCAGAGGCUGCCGGAGACCUGGAACUCCACGUGGGUCGUGCGUGCAGGGACCACCAGGUUAGAGAGGCAGCAGCCACGCGGUGUGAGGCAUUUGUAUAGUCUGUGCGGAGAGGAGAACAGGGAUAGACAGAGGCAUAGUUGACAGGCUACAGAAAAUGGCUACAAUAAUGCAAAGGAGAUCGGAAUGAAAUGAACUAACUCUCACUCCAUAUCUACAGUAUCACUUAAUGACUGACACAACCCUAUGUUUGCUCCUCGUGUUUUUCAUCAGUAGAGAAGGUGCUUCCUCAACCAGUUUUCCUGUUUGUGGCCAUCCUCCUGGUCCCCAUCACCGUGCUCCUGGCUCUGCUCACAGCCCUUCUUGUCCUAUGCAGAUCAGACAGGAGACAG